GAAAUGGGCAGCGCACAAGAACGAGCUGAGCCAAUGACUCUAGGUUCCCCAACGUCACCAAAGCCAGGAGCUGGUGCUCAGUUCCUACCUGGAUUUUUAAUGGGUGACUUACCAGCUCCAAUGACUCCACAGCCUCGUUCUUUAAGUGGCCCUUCUGUUGGUGUGAUGGAAAUGAGGUCUCCUUUACUUGCAGCUGGAUCUCCUCCACAGCCAGUAGUUCCUACACACAAAGAUAAAAGUGGUGCUCCACCUGUUAGAAGUAUAUAUGAUGAAAUAUCUAGUCCUGGGCUUGGAUCAACACCUUUAACCUCAAGAAGACCACCCAGCUUUUCUUCAACACAGAGUCCACUGGUUGGAGCUAUGCCAGCAACACCUGGAACAGCCUCAGGUGUAUUUAGUCCUGCAAGCAUCGGACAGCCCAGAAAGACCACACUCUCUCCUGCUCAGCUGGAUCCUUUCUAUACUCAAGGGGAUUCCCUAACAUCAGAUGAUCAGCUUGAUGACACUUGGGUAACUGUAUUUGGAUUUCCUCAAGCAUCUGCUUCAUAUAUUCUGCUACAGUUUGCACAGUAUGGAAACAUAUUAAAGCAUGUGAUGUCCAACACAGGAAAUUGGAUGCACAUUCGAUAUCAGUCCAAACUGCAAGCCCGGAAAGCUUUAAGCAAAGAUGGUAGAAUUUUUGGGGAAUCUAUCAUGAUUGGAGUCAAGCCUUGUAUAGAUAAGAGUGUGAUGGAAAGUUUUGAUAGAAGUUCCAUAUCCUCCAUGUCUUCAGUCUUCACGCCACCAACAAAAACCAUGGGCACACCGGUGCAGCCUGCAAGUACUACAAGAAUUUCUACAAUGAGACCUCUUGCAACAGCAUAUAAAACUUCUACUAGCGACUAUCAGGUGGUUUCUGACAGACAGACUCCUAGGAAAGAUGAAAGUAUUGUGUCUAAAGCUAUGGAAUACAUGUUUGGCUGGUAGCGAAUUAUGGGAAGUGUUCAACUAAAAUCGGUCUGAGGCUAAAAAUAUAUUGUCAGCAUCCUUGGUUAGUUGUAUAACCAACCACACAUGGCAGUAUUUCAGUUCAAUGUUAUACCUGUUAUGCCUUCUAAGAAUUCAGCUGACAUGUAGCUUGCACUUUAAAUGAUGGCAAUAUACACACGGUUUGCUAAUCAGUGUAAAUACAAGUGGUUUUUUUUCUGUUCUUUAUGAUUGCAUGAGCAAAAUAAUUGGCACUAAUUUCCUGUAAUUUUGAUGUUGUGAAUUGCUUCCUGGUAAACUGAGAAUGCAUAAACAGUAACUCAGUUCAUUGCUUGUUAAUAAUGUUUCUUCUUCUUUUUGGAAAGAUGGUGCAUUUUCUGUAGGGUGAACACUAUGUACAGCUGAUUCCCAGACAAAAGGACUGUUCUUGGUACUGUAUACCUAUUUUAAAACAGAAAUUUUAUUUGGAUGCUGUUAAUACUUCACCACUGCUUUUUAUAUGUAAAAUGUCUGUUUCAGCAUCCUAUUCUAAAUGUUCACGACAGCCUUUUUAACUUUUUAUCCAAAUUUUCAUAAUAAAACCUAAUGAAUCUGAA